UGCGCACUUGUAGUUUUCAAAUUCUUAACGGAAUGCGCGCUGAUUAGAGAAGAAAACGAAAUUGUGUAUUUAUAGGAUCACUAAAUGAUAUGAUUUUAUGUGUUAUAAAAUAAGUGAUUGAAAAUCUCGAAAUGGAUGUGAGCCAUUUAAAAAUUGGUGUUAACGUUGACAUUCAACGUACAGAUGGUCGGAUCCACUCGGCUGUUAUCAGUGGAACAAAUAAUGAAGCAAAGAGUGUCACGGUUGAGUGGUUUGAGCGAGGAGAGACCAAGGGCAAAGAGAUUGAGGCUGAUGCAAUAUUUUCGCUCAACCCACACCUGAUGGAUAAGGCAGCAGGAAGUAGGGAUACCCACUCUUCGCAGAACAAUGAUGCUGAUGAUGAUGAGGAUACAUACACCAAUGGCAGUAUUAGCCCCUCGGAUCAAGCUGUGCCCCCUGCUGGCAGGGGUCGUGGUGGAAAAAAGAGCAAUAGAGUCACACAAAACAAUGUUCAGGAAACACCAAGGUUCAGCAAUAGAGCACCAACAUCAGCAUCCUCCAGGGUUAAAGCGGGAUCAGCAAGGUCACGACAGAGCUAUGCCGCACGACCGCCAGCCACACAGCAGAAUGGUCAGGCUGACUCGAAUGAAGUGAAGAAACCAGGAAUACCUGUACCAUCUGAUCGUAGGAAAUCAAAUUGUGUGAAAGAGGUAGAGAGGAUCGAACAAAGAAGAAAGGAUAGAAGAAAAGAGCAUGCUGCUAUACGAGAGCAACAGGAAGUGGAGUAUGACACCACUGAUCCUAAUUGGCAGUUCUCAGCCAUGAUCAAAGAAUACAGAGCUCACCUGGAGUACCGACCUCUUACGUCCUCUGAUCCUAUAGUGAACCACCAAAUCUGUGUCUGUGUUAGAGUGAGACCACUCAAUAGAAAAGAACUUCAAAAGAAGGAGGUGAAUGUUACAACAGUCCCAAACAAAGAAAAUGUGAUAGUACAUGAGCCUAAGACCAAAGUGGACCUUACAAAGUACCUGGAAAAUCAAAACUUCCGUUUCGACUAUGCAUUCGAUGAAAAUGCCUCAAAUGAAAUGGUUUAUAGGUAUACGGCAAAGCCGUUGGUAGAUUGUAUAUUUGAAGGAGGAAUGGCCACCUGUUUUGCCUACGGUCAAACUGGGAGUGGCAAAACACAUACUAUGGGAGGAGAAUUCUCUGGUGGUAGGGGCCAACAGGAGUGUGCAAAAGGAAUAUAUUGUCUAGCAGCUCGUGAUGUUUUUAAAUUACUUCAUACUAAAUUUAAGAAGUUAGAUCUGAUAGUUGGGUCAAGUUUCUUUGAAAUAUAUAGUGGAAAGGUUUUUGAUUUAUUAAAUAAGAAACAAAAGUUACGGGUUCUAGAGGACCACAAGAGUCAGGUACAGGUCGUUGGUUUGAAAGAGGAGACGAUAUCCAGCGCCGAUGAUGUAUUACGACUGGUGGCUCAUGGGAACAAUGUGCGAACUUCGGGAGUGACCUCAGCAAAUCAGCAUUCCUCGCGUUCACAUGCUGUGUUUCAGAUUAUACUGCGAAAAAAGAAUACAAACAAGUUAUAUGGAAAGUUUUCCCUUAUAGAUUUAGCUGGUAAUGAAAGAGGACAAGACACAAAGAGCUCCGAUAGACAGACACGAAUGGAAGGCGCUGAAAUCAACAAGAGCUUGUUAGCAUUGAAGGAGUGUAUACGAGCCUUGGGGAGAAAGGCUGGGGCAUACCUACCAUUUAGAGCCAGUAAACUUACACAAGUGUUGAGAGAUUCAUUUAUCGGUGAUAAUUCCAGAACGUGUAUGAUUUCAAUGGUUUCACCAGGAAUGGGUUGUUGUGAACACACGCUCAACACUUUAAGAUAUGCUGACAGAGUAAAAGAGCUGGGUCCCGGCGGCCGCGUGGAAGGGAAACCAGCAGAGAUUGAACUGUCUGAUAACUACAAUAAUCUAGGGGCAAUGUCUCCACAAAAUAGUGCUUUAGCUUUAUUAAGGACUCAAAAUCAAGAUGAAGUGUCGGAAGAUCUGAUGACGUUCCAUGAGAAGGUGAAUCACAUGCAGGAGCUGGAAGAGGAAAUUAUUGACGAUCAAAAAUCAUUGAUUGAAAACACACAAAAAUGGAUGACAGAGCAAAAGAAAUUGUUCAAGCAGACAGAUGAGGUGGAUUAUGAUGUUGAAGCCUAUGCAAAGCAGCUUGAUGCACUUCUCAUGAAAAAGAUAACUGAGUUAACAUCGCUGCGAGAGAAAGUUUCCAACUUCCGUAAAGACAUUCAGGAAGAAGAGACUCUAAGUAAAAACAUGAAAAUGAACAAGAAGAAAUGAAAUAAUGUGUAGACAGAUGAAGAAUUCCAACAUUAUUGUUUCCAGGGCAUUGAGUUUAUAAAUUGGUGAAAAUAGCAAAAUAAUCAGGAGGAAAUAAUUAGAUCAAGAAAAAAGGAAUAAAAUGCUGGAAUUAUUGAAGUUUCUUUUAACAGAGGAUUGCAUAGUUGUCUCCAGUGCUGUUUUAAGGCUAAAUAACAUUUUUUCAGUGUCAUUUGUAUAUGUUAUUCAGUCAUCCAUGUAUAAAAACUAAAACUAAGCUAAAUGUAUACUUAUAUAUACAUAGUGUUGUGUGUUCCGGCUUUCUUGUGAUAAUCUCAUGUAUGGCAAUGAGCAGGAUUUUUAUAGCCAUAGUCAACUUAAGUGGUUGAAGGAUAUAUUGAAACCUAUGGCCUAUGCCAUAUAAGACUUUUUUUUACCUUUUUGAAUAGGAAACAUAAUUGCUUAAGGACCUACACAUUGUGUGUUCUGUUCCAAUAUGUGCUCUGUUUUCUUACAAAUUAUGUUUAAAUAUCCUUAAAGAUUCAAGAUGGUAAGCCAUCUUUUAACCCAGAAUCUUUGUUACUUAACAUUUACAUGAAAGACUAACAUAAUAACUGCCUGACAAACAAAAAUACUAAUGGAAGGAACUUAAUAAUUUUAUUACAGAUUUGAUAAUUAAUAAAUGACAAAUUUUGAAAAUGGAACAAGUUCUUUAAAAAUUAUGUGACUAAUGGAAGGAACUUAAUAAUUUAAUGACAGAUUUGAUAAUUAAUGGGACAAUUUUGAAAAUGGAACAAGUUCUUUAAAAAUUAUGUGAAAUUUUUUAUAUGUUAACUACCCAUGCUAUAUCAUAUAUAAAGCUUCUUUAUGGCAUGUGUUCAUAAUAUUUAUUUGGUUCAUUUUGACUUAGUUUACUUAGUUUGCCAAUGUUCAUUUGAUAACAUUUUCUAACUGUAACUGAUGUCAAACAAAAAACAUGGCUUGCUUUACAUUUUAGACACUGUCUAUUGUUACUAAAUUGGAUUUCAUUUAAAUGAAGUACGCAACAGUUUAGAGUCCGGUCAAUGCUUGCAAAGUUUGUAUAAGCUGACGUUGCUCUAAAAAACUUUCAGCAUAUGCCAGCCAUCAUCACUGCUCUCUGUCAGAGAGGGAAUAGGGAAUUUACUUACUGAACAUUAGUAAUUUUGUGAUAUUUAUAUAUAUAUAUAUUUAUACAACUUUUCUGUAUGUACAUUUAAGCUGUUCACUUGUUUUAUGCAUGUGUUUUUAUUUGUGACAAGAUCAUCAUAACUAGGUAUAAACUAAGUCUGUUUAGAAGUUAAUAUUUCUAUCUUAACCUGCUCCAAUCAAAAAUUGUUAAGCCACCUUUGCUGCCAGAUUAGCUCUAGGUCUGUCUGUCGAUCUGUGCAGACUGACCAGGCUCUCUAGGGUUUUGCAGCUUAAUUUCUGUGUGUUUGAAAUUUAAGUCCCUUGAACUUUCAAAGUUGAUGAAAUCCAUAAAACAAAUUCAGCAGGUUUAGGAUUAAGGUAACAUCACCAUUAUAAUCUUGUUUGUGAAAACUAGGCAUGUCUCUUAACAGUGGUGUCAUAAAAAGAUCAUAUUAAACAUUUGUACAACCAGGAUCAACAAAGAAUGAUCUUGUCAUCCGAAUGCUUUCCAAAUGAUUUUUGUUACAAGUGAUGUGAAAAACUUUGCCCAAACUUUAUAAUAAGUACAUCUAUUUAUGAAUGGGAUUUCUUAUGAAGAAGUUAUAUCAUCUUUAUGUACAAAACAUAAUAACAUUGUCGUGUAGGUGUCUACAGUGUAAACUACAUAAUAUGGCUGUCUUCCUAAUUCUAAACUGUGCAUAUAUGUGCCUUAAUAUCCGAUGAAAGGUACAAAUACAAGUUAUUGAAAUGUAUGUUGAAUUUCAGCUUAAUAAAAUUCCUGCAGUUUUCUUAUGUUUGUAGAAAUUGACAUGUCCAUUCACUGAUGUCUGCCAACAUUAACUUUUGGUUUGGCAUUACAUUUCUGUGGCCAUUUUUAGAUUUUCUGCAAAUGGACAUAUUACAGUAUUUCUUGUAACUAGAAUUACUGAAUAUACUUGCAUAUAAGAUGUAUCCCCCUGUUUUUUUAGACAAAAAGCCUUAUAAGACACACUAAUUUGGGUCCAAAAAUUGUGUUCUUAUAGACUGAGACAAACAGUACUUGUCUGUGUAACUAAGGACCUAUUGCAUAAUUCACAGCUCUUGAUUGGUACAGUUUGGUUUUCUAUUUCCAGCGUUAUUUUACAAGCUGGACUUGUAUAUUUAUUGUUGUUAUAUGAAUAGUUUUUAGGUCAAUCUGUUUGCAUUCCCUAUCUCGUAUAUAUUUAUAUUGACACUUUGUCAAAAUAUGUGUUUGAUUAUAAUGAUAGGAAAUUAUAAGGCAAGAAAGAAAUGAAUGCUGUUUCAUCAAGACUUCAUUUUUCGUUUGAUUUUUUGCUGCUCGCUUAUUUUGUUUUUCCCUUUUCAUCCCUGUUAGAAAUAUGUAAUGCUGACUUUGAUUGCAAAAUAAUGUAUGUUGAAUUUUUCAUUUGUUGUAAAACAUGCCUAAACACACUCUUCCAAGGAUUUAAUGAUAUAAAUGCAAAUAAAAGGUUUUUAGUUUAAAUCACAUUUUAAUUUGAAAUAUGUUGUUAUAUUUAAUGUAAUAUCAUUGCAUGUUUGAGUUGCAUGACAUUGGAGCAAUACUCGAGUUACUUUGUAUUAACUUUUUGAAUGCUAGCUGCCUUAAUGACUUGUAUGUUCCACCAGUCUGCAUAUUGAAGCAGUUUGACGUGGCUGUACAAUGUUCUUUACCUAUCUUCAACAUUUGAUACCAAAGCCCCUCACAUAAACAAUUGAUCGAUCCACGAAGAAUAAGUUCAUUAUACAAACAUAGCAUUCAAAGAGUUGAUAACGCAAUUUUAUUGUGAUAUAUAUAUUAAACACUUAGUUUUUUUUUCAGAAAUAUAUCAAUGUUGGCUAAGUGGUGCUAUUUUUGCUCAAUUAUCACCUCCUUUCUAAACAUAGAGAUUUAU